UACUCGGGUGACCCGAAACAAGGAAGGCUAUGCUAAGUUUUCAUUGAGUGAGUCAGCCUCGAGUUCUCUUGUGUAGUGGUUGUGUAGGCAUGGAUUUGGUGUGGUUUCUAACUCUAGUAUUCGGCUAAAUCGACAAAGUGUAGAUCUAGCCUAAUUUACAAUUUAAAAUAAUUGUUGCAAUGGCAUCGAUUUUAACCAAGCCAGAGCUGGCAUCAUGCGGUCUGAAGCCUUCAGAUGGUGUCAGGGACAUGAUUCUUAUAAGUGAAAUCGAUGAGACUGGAAUUAACACAAACCUCAAAGUCAGAUAUCAAAAAGAUUUGAUUUAUACAUUUACUGGCUCUAUCCUGGUGGCAGUCAACCCUUACAAGACCAUCAAAUGUUAUGAGCAGACACACGUGAGUGCAUACAGUGGUCAGAAGAUCAGCCAAGUGGAGCCACAUGUCUUUGCUAUAGCUGAAGCUGCGUAUCAAAAUCUGUUCAGUUCAAACAUCAACCAGAGUUGCAUUAUUAGUGGAGAGAGUGGGGCAGGAAAGACAGAGACAACAAAGUUUAUUUUACAGUAUUUGUGUUCUGUAACUAACCACACCUCAUUUUGGACAGAGCAACAGAUUUUGGAGGCUAACACAGUAUUGGAGGCAUUUGGCAAUGCAAAAACAGUGCGCAAUGACAAUUCCAGUAGAUUUGGCAAGUUUAUGCAGGUUUGUUUCUCUGGCACCCAAAUCAAAGGGUGUAUUGUACAAGACUACCUACUGGAGCAGUCUAGGAUCACAUUUCAGAGUGGCCAGGAAAGGAACUACCAUGUAUUCUACCAACUUCUGGCUGCUGCCCAGGCCUGUCCUCAGCUGGCAGAGACCUACAUGUUGGCCAAUGCCCAGUCCUACUGCUACUUGAAUCAGAGUGGCUGCUACUCACUGGAGGGUGUCAAUGACUCGGCUAUGUUUGACAACCUGCGUCUGGCCAUGAAUGUAUUAGGUAUAACUGAGGAGAUGGCCCACGGCCUGUUCUGUGUUUUGUCUGCUGUGCUGUUGCUGGGGAACUUACAGUUCCAGGGACCAGAUGGAGAUAAAGAAAAAAGUGAAUUUGCACCAGAGGACCAAGUGAUUCUGCACAAAGUUUGUCAGCUAGUCGGCAUUGAACUCAAACCUUUUCAGGAUAUUUCUUUGUUCAGACAAAUUCAAGUGCGGGGGACCAUAACCAGCAUUCCAUUUAAACUGCAAGAGGCCAUUGAAAACCGUCAUGCAAUGGCAAAAGCACUGUACUCCCGAACAUUUGCCUGGUUAGUCGAUGCUAUCAAUAAAUGUACCAACCCUGGAGCCCAUGAGAAAUAUUUUAUUGGAAUCUUGGAUAUUUUCGGCUUUGAAAAUUUUGAGACCAAUAGUUUUGAACAGCUGUGUAUAAAUUUCACCAAUGAAAAACUUCAUCGUUUCUUCAAUCACUAUGUGUUUGCUCUAGAGCAGGAAACUUACCGUCUGGAGGAGAUAGAGUUUUCCCACAUUACUUUCACUGACAACAGCAGGUGUGUCGAGCUGAUAGAGAAACCACCUAAGUGUGUUCUCAAGAUGUUAGACGAGGAGUGUCGUUUUCCACAGGGUACAGACAAGUCUUAUUUGAGCAAACAGCACCAGGAACUGGAGGAGCAUGAGUAUUACAUUAAAGGUGAUCGGCGCAACUGGGAGAUUGAGUUUGGCAUCCAACACUACGCUGGUGUCGUUGUAUACAACAUCCAUGGCUUUCUUGAUAAAAAUAAAGACACACAGCAAGACCAGUUGUUUGAACUAAUGCACACAUCUACAAACUGUUUUGUUAAAGAUCUCACACGCUUCCAGGAUCUUCUAGGUGUGAGGCUUGAAAUUUUACAAGGCAGACAAACUAUAUCCCGCACAGCUCGCAGCAAGCCUACUGUUGGGGAUACAUUUAAACAUCAGCUUAAUGCCUUGGUGGAUGUCCUGGACCUGACCAAUCCAUGGUAUGUGAGAUGCCUGAAGCCCAACUCUGGCAAACGUCCCAAUGACUACCAGGACAAGGAAGUGCUGCUCCAGCUCAAGUAUUCGGGCAUGCUGGACAUCAUCCGCAUCAAACGGGAGGGCUACCCUGUGCAUGUCCCAAUAGAAAUAUUUCUCAGUAAAUAUGCCAUCUUGUCAGACAACUUAGUUGACAACUCUAGUGAUGCUGUUAAAAACAUUCUCACCUCCCUUGGAUUACCUAAAACUGAGUGGCAAGUUGGAAAAACAAAGAUUUUCAUGCGCAACAGUGUGUUUGAACCUCUAGAAGAAAGAAGACAGGACCUGUUGAAAAAAAAAGCUGUUUUAAUUCAAAAAGUCUGGAGGGGUUUUAUAUGUUGGAGAGAUUUUCAAAGAAGGCGUCAGGCAGUUCUAAUACUACAGGACAGCUUCAGGUCAUUCAGACUGAGACUUGAAUUUCUGCGCAAGCGAAGGGCUGCCAUUACUUUACAGUCAUGUUAUAGAGGCAGGCUGGCACGUCUUCUUGCUGCAAAUAUGAAAAUAGAAAAACAAAAAGAGGCAGAGAGACGCCGUUUGGAAGAGUUGGAACGAGAUAGACGGGAAAGAGAACAGGAAUCUGCUGAUCAAAUGGCGAUUGAUGAAGCUUUAAAGAAAAUGAGAAAAAGACAAUCCUGGCAAAAAAUAUUGAGACAAUCCCAGCUUGAGCUGGAGUCACUGACUCACCUAAUUGAGUCAAUGUGGACCCAUUGCCAGCCAGAGGUCACAGCUUCUAAACUUGACCUGGAUGCCAUGUUUGGUUUCCUCAAGGAAGAAAGAAAUGAGAUGAAGGGAGUUAAUACAUCAAAAGAAGCUGCUCUUAAUAAAAUAAAUGAAGAAUUCAGUACCUUGGAUGACCUGUGGAAGGAGGCAGAAAAGGAGUUUAAAGCCAACCACGAACAGGAAAUAGAGCAGGCCUUACGAGAAGUUGACCAGUCCAUAGCUGAGUUUGAUAGCUCAGGCUCAGAGAAGAGCUCUAGACCUAACUCAAUGCUAAUGCCACUGGCUCCACCAUCAAAUCCUCCUCCUGCACCACCAGUUCCACCAUCAAAUCCACCAGUUGCACCAUCAAAUCCACCUGCUCCACCAUCAAAUCCUUUACUUUCCAGGAUGGACUCAGAAGAUAUACCCCCUCCCCCUCCCCCAGCACCUCCACUUCCAGGAGAAGAUAGUUGUGUGCAAGUGGCCACACCUCUAACCCCACCCCCAGGUGUAAGUCAGGCAACUGCUUUCAUCUCUUCCUACAUCAGUCCUCCCCCACCAGCUCUCCGAGAUAAAGGGACAACCCCACCAUUACCUCCCCCUCGCAUCUCAUCAGCAACCACAGGUGAUUUGCCUCCCCCUCCAUCAUCCACCCACUUAGACCUGUCUUCAUUGCCCACUGGUGAUCCCCUGCCUCCACCCCCCUGUGAAGGAGAAAACCCCUAUGCUGAACUCAAGGAAGUGCAUAAAACUAUUCAUGAUUCACUCAUCAACCGUGGCUUCCAGGCUCCUGCCCCCACACCCCCAGCCGUGCCCCCUAUACCACGGUCCUUUCCACCCUCUGUGCCUAGCACACCUAGGUCCAGCAUGGCCCUCCGAAUGAGUGCUGCCCCAGAAGUUGGCCCCCCUAGAGAGCUGGGCCAACUGUCUCCCACCACACGACAGAGACUGAGCUUCCUGAUGUCCCACCCCUCCAGUGAGAUCCUCAGUCCCCAGUCCCCUGGAAGAGAGCUGGCUGAAGGAAUUCCAGAGCCAGAUGCUCUCUUUGACAUGCUGGAGUAUGCAGAGAAGUAUUUCAAUGACCAUGAGAGAGAAUUUGGUGGAACUAUCAUCAAGUCCAUAAAGAAGCGCACUAAACAGUCAUCGUUUAAUGAAUAUUUGACAAGAGAAGAAAUGCUGCGCUACUGUAAGACUGGGUUGAUCCCAACAUCUCACAUCCAUCUGCAUGACAUAGAGAACAUUCAUCAGGCCUGUAACAUAUUUAAGGAACUGACCAGAUACAUCCGAGAUGAAAGUAAAGAUGACACCGCCAUUAGCACGGUCCAGUUUGUGGUCAAGUCUGGCAUAGAGAGGAUAGAGCUGAGGGAUGAGAUCCUGGUGCAGCUGGUCAGGCAGACCAACGAGAACCCUGAAGCUGAUGUGCUCAAGCAAGCCUGGAUCCUUAUGUCUCUGUGUACAGCAGCUUUCUCACCCAGCAAGAACUUGCACAAGUACCUGUUGUCCUACAUCAAACGCUGCUGUUCAGACCCUGUGGGAGGUCGCUAUGCCAUGUUGUGUUACAAGCACCUCACAGUCCCCAGAGCUACCAACAGGAAAAAUCCUCCAUCUACAAUAGAGAUCAUGAGCAUACAGAACUUGAGCCCAAUUAUUUGUAAAGUUUUCUUCAUGGACGGCAAAACCAAGGCUGUGAGUGUCCACUCAGUUGAUACCACACAAGAUGUUCUGGCUAAGGUGGCACGCAGAAUUGGCCUACAGUCUGUGGAGGGCUGGGCACUCUAUGAGGUCAGUAAAGAACUGGAGCGGUUUAUUCGCAGCUAUGAAUAUAUUGCCGACAUACUGGCUCAGUGGGAAGGGACAGACAAACUGUCUGCUCAGCCUAGCAAAUAUGAAACAGUUUCUAAAAAAGGCCCCAAAAUGGCCCUGGGUGGAUGUGAUGCCAAGCUGAUGUUUAGGAAGAGAGUGUACAGACAUGUGCAUGACAUUCCUAAUGACCCUAUUGAGUAUCAUUUGCUCUAUGCUGAGGCAGUUCAAAAAGUUGUUAAGUUUGAUGAGUACAGCGUAUCAGACAAAGUGGGCCUACAGCUGGCUGGCCUACAGGCUCAAGUUAUUUGGGGAGAGUUUGAGCUCAACAAGGAGUUCCGCUACAGUGAGGCUGACCAGUACUUAUGUAAACGCAUCUUAGCUUCCUCUGGGAGGAACUGGUCUCAGGAGGUGGCUAAAGCACACAUGCACUAUGGUGGCACCAAGAGUGAGCUGGAGGCCAAGGUCUGGUACCUGACAUGUGUGAAACAGUUUUCCCUGUAUGGCUGCACCCUGUUCCCCAUCAUGCACAAGGGCAUGUGGUCACACACCAGUGAAUCCCUCCUGGCCAUCAACAUGGAUGGCAUCAAGUUUGUGCGCAGCAAGGACAAGUCAGUGAUCCAUGACCUCAAGUAUUGUGAGAUUGAGUCCAUCUGUAUAGAUCCCAAUGAUAACUACAUGACUCUUGAGCUGUACAGCAUGGCACAAUCUGGCAUAGGCCAGAAAACAUUUGUCUUUGAGACCAGCCACAAGGAGGACAUAGGUCACUUGAUUGCUUCCUACUCACCAACACAUGCCUCUUGGAUGAAAUCUGAAAAUGACAGUGUCAAAAAGAUGAAGCUGACAGAUGAAGACAAGCUGAAGCUGUAUGAGGAGCUGGUGCGUUGCAGGAAAGCUCUGUCUGAGAGCCGGCUCUUACAGCGACCAUCACAUGAUGUAGGCUCUGGCUUCCUUAGAAACACACUCAGGAGGUUGACAAAGUCCAAGAUAGAAAAACUUCGCAGUUUGUCUAGUGCAGAUGGCAGUAGUAACUUCAGUGUGGACUUCUGGUCCUACACCAAGACAGGGAUCAAACAAAGCUUGACCAUCAUUCUUGACCCCAGCAUGGAGGAGUCGGCUGUGAAAAUGUUUUCCCAGCUCUUGGUCUAUGCUGGCAUUGAAGAGUCAGAAGAAACAAAUGAAUUGGAGAAAAUGAACCUUCUUCAGGGACUGAUGCAGAAAUGUUUGGAAAGUGACUUUAUUUGCAAUGAAUUCUACUUGCAGUUAGUUAAACAGACAACUGACCAUCCUGAUGAGAAACGCAACAUGAAGCCACAUCCCAACAGCUCAGUUAACUGCCGCAGUUGGCAGGUGAUGGCAGUCACCAGCAGCACAUUGGCACCUGCAAACAUGCGUGUCCAGAAGUAUGUCCAGUGUCACCUCAAAAAAUGUGCCAUGGACACCACUUCAGAAGAGGGCAAGUUUGCUCGCUUUGCACUAAAGUGCUUAAACAGAACAAUUGAAAAAAAGAGACGCAAGUUUGCUCCGUCUGUCAAAGAGAUCCAGUGUAUAAUACAGAGAAAACCCAUCACACAGAAAAUUUAUUUCCUCAAUGGUGAACAGAGAAUCUUGGAGUUUGAUUCUGCUGGGACCUGUGGGGAGGUGAUCAAGAAUGUGAAGACAAAGAUUGGAAUGAGAUCUGAUGCUGAGUGUUUUGCAAUCUAUGAGAUGAUGGGAAAUUCUGAGCGCGCCAUGUCCAGCGAUGAACGCCUCUCUGAUACAGUGAGUAAAUGGGAGCGCCUGUCUCGCAGUGGAGCAGUCAGAGACCUAAAGCUCCUCUUUAAGAAGCGCUUGUUUAUUGAGCCAUAUGUUAACACAAGUGAUCCAGUAGAAUGUGACCUGCUCUUCAAUCAACUCAUUGAAGAUGUUUUUGAGCAAAGAAUUCCUAUAAGUCAUAAAGAGGCAGUUCAUCUUUGUGCCCUCAAAGUACAGUCUGAGAUUGAAGACAUGAAAACUGGAGACAUAGACUACACGUCUGUGAUGCGUAUACUGCCCAGAGACAUGAGAUGCACAGUGCGACCAGAGGAAGUAGCCACAGCCCACAAGACUGUGCUGGACAUGAGCCCCCACCAGGCUGUUAUCUCUUUCAUUCAUUUAUUAAAAAGCUGGCCACUUUUUGGGACAACUAUAUUUGAAGUUUCACAAACUUACACCUCAACUAUGCCUAAAGUGCUGUUAUUGGGAAUCCACCAAAAAGGCAUUUACCUCCUGGAUAUGGGCACAUUUGGAGUGUUGUCAUCUUUUAGCUACUCAGACAUUGUCCACUCAAGUCCAGCCAUUAAAAGCAUUAUGAUUGUCAUAGGACAUGUUGCUAAAGGAAUCAAAUUUAUGUUCAACACAAAUCAGGCAUCCCAAAUAGCUCAGCUAAUUAAAGACUACACUGAUGAGCUGCAGGCCCGCUACUUGUUAACACCAGCAGAGCAUGCCCAUAGGACCUCACUGCCAUAUGGCCUGGAGGAGCUGGAGAGGCAAAAUGCUUUGAUACAGUCCAUUGACACAGACAGGUUCGACUGAAGAGGAGACUACUGGUGCACAGAAAAUUCUAGUCAGCAAUGAUCAAAUCAAAACAAAUAUUUUUUCCUCUGAUGAGUAACAGUGGUGUUAGAUGUUUUAUUUACACUCAAUGACAGGUUAACCAGUGUUAACUAACAAUUCAUGUACAUGUAUCUAUGUCUCUUCACAUUGUAACAUAUAUUUACUACUGUAAACUUGGAUGGCAUUUAUCAAUGUUGCAUAAUAUUUUAGUGAAUAUUAUCUUGUCAACCCAUGAGGUAGGAUGAAGUCUUCCCCCCACCCUUCUCGCCACCCCCAGCAAUUAGGUCAGAGCCCCCUUCCCCACUACCUUGCUUAGGUCAGACUCGCCCCCUCCCAACAAGACUAGCUUUGGUCAACUCCCUGAAGUAUUGAAAAGCUGCAUGCUUGUAGAGAAAUGUGUUCACUGUUUGUUCCCAACUGAUGCAGCCCUGCUCUAUGUUUAUUGAAUGUGAUAUCAUUGUCUACAUAGAGCAUUUAUCCCAUUGGCGCCUCACCUAUAUGUUCAUUACUCGUAAACCUUGGUUGUCAUAUUUGUACAUUUCUGGAAGGUGAGUUUCCUUAUGAGACAAAAUUGCACUAUACAAGUAUGCUAUAGCUGGACAUACCAAUUUUUGAUAUCCCACAAUGCCUUGAUUUCAUAAUGCAUGUUUUUGCUCUCCUACAGCAGUUAUCUGCUCCACCUAAAUGUUAUCACCUGUAUCAGCUCUGACUUUGGACACCUUUACCUAUAUAUCCUCCCCUGACUGUUCUGUGUUCUCUCAACCAUUUGAUGUACUAUAGAUAUCAGCCAUAUUAUUUGUUAAACAUGACAAUCAUGUUCCAAAACUUGAAAUGAUGUAUUGACUGGAGUCUUCAAUUGAUAUAUUUAUUUCAUCUUCUCUUUUACACAUUUUUUUUUACAUUUUCUAUGUGCACAAUGAUAAUAGAUAAAAAAUGAUCAAUUUUUAAUUGCAUAGAUUUUAUUUUUUAACGUUGAACGUUAAUGUACAAUUGCUAAAAGAUUUAGCCUUUUGGGUUUAGUUACAGUUGAAUUUACUAGAUUUUUUAAAAGUAAGAUUACACUCCAUUACAUUAAAGUAAGGUUACACGCCUUUGAUGAUAAUUAUUUUCUUACAAAAUUUAAAAAAUGUCCACCUUGCUUCUUUCCCUCCCCCCCCCCCCCC